AUGGCGACCUCAAGGCCGACACGGCCAAAGCCCCUAGGCUGGCCGGCGCCAUCCCAUCUGACAGUAUUUAUUCGCAAUCUAAAGCUACUUCAACUUGAUCAGCGCGAGGACUGGCCUGAUAUCACACUCCGCUCGCUGUCCCCCUCAUCCCAGAACCAGCGACAGCGCAUUCGUCUCGUCGAAUGGGCCUUGUACUACCUUUGUACUAUCUGGGAUCCCGAGACUGCACAAACUAAACUCCGGCCCUUUUUCCCACCGCUAGAACCCCUGCAGUCUGUCAACCUUCGUGCAGCUUUGUUCCGGGUUUUGACGGAAUUAAAGAAGAAUGGCGACCUCGGGCGAGAAGCCGUCAUCCGCAAGACAAUGCUGGAUGACUGCAAGGGUGAGAAAUUCGACGAGCUGCUCGCCGUCUUCUCCACCACUGUUUUGCGGAAGCUCGUAGCGGUCUCUGCGGAGGAGAUGCAUUGGAACCUCGCCAUGAAACUAUCUACUGCUGAGUCCAUUACUCCGGUUGAUUAUCAGAAUAUUCUGCCUUUGAUCCUCGCGCACCAAGUGUCUCUCAAUGCGGCGGGGGCCCGUCACGCUCGGGUACACGAGACCUACGACCAAUUUUCCCGGCUCCUAGACGAUAAGAAGAUCGAACUUUCCGAGCGUGUCGAGAAGCUUGCAAAUGAAAGAGAUCAUGUGCCAGUUGACUCGGAUAGCUUGGCUCGAGAGCUCCAAGCAAACUGGCUGGGUAGUGAAGAGUGGGCUACCGCUCUGCUCCACGGAGGAUCGCAAAGCAGCACGGAUUCUUUCCUGGAACUUCCGUUCUCGCAAGCAUGGACUCAGGCGACGGCAUCGAACAUAGAUGGUCUCAGAAAUGGGGCAAAACCAGAUCUGGUGACUGACUUGGAGACACGGGUGUUACGCCUGCGGAGUCGGUUGAGAAGAUGGCAUGAGUUUAAUGAUUCCCUUCGCAAGGAGCGAGGUGGAAGUGCUAAUUCUAUGGGACUUGAGUCUCAUGAGCCCCGCCUUUUGUUCCAGGAUCAUCAGGCCCUGACCGUUGCAAGCAUAUCAAAGGCCGUUCGACAGUCUGGUGAUCGUGGAAGAGCCCUUCAAGACGCAGACCGAUCGUUCAUGUUGAACGUGAGUGAAGCUGUGACUCGUGUCAAUGGUCAGUCUCGCUCGAAUGCCAGUCGUGCUGUUUCAGUGAAGACCGUGACGAAGCCAGCAGCGCUCAAAAAACCCACCACGGACCUUUAUAACGAGCCACCCUCACCAAGCUAUGAUAUAGAGCUUCCCUCGCCACCGCCGAAAGCCGAAACUCUGGACCCAGCUCCGACCCAUGAGGAGGAGAACAGCUUGCCCACUCCCACUGUCCGCUUGUCUCCCGACCAAGACUCGGAGAUUGAGCCGGAACCAGAACCCCUCAAGAUCGUGCCAGUCUCCCACUAUACCCUCGCUGAGCGGACCCGUAAAUCGAUGUCCCUAAUCCCACCACUCCCCACACAUGAAGCACAGCCCCGUCCCCGAUGUCGUGGCCCACGGACUUCAUUCCCAGUGAACCAAUUUGAGACGCCGCGCAAAUCCUCACGCCCGUCGGGUGGCCGAUCCGGCGCCUCCACGCCUCAGGACAAGCUCUUUGAAGAAGAUGCCGAGUACGCCAGCGUCUUCAAGUCACGGCCACGUGUGGCGCUAAGUCCCAUAUCGUCCCCUGCUGUGCAUUUAAGUCCUUCCCUGGAUGAAGAAGAAUUCGAGUUGGAGGAGGACUAUGAUGGCGAGUGGGGUGAUGUCGAUUCGCCCUUGGCUACUUCUCGGAUGAGAUGA